UGACCUGUUUGUACAUCGGGCUCAAGAAGGAGACUCAACGACAGUCGGGUUCCGGCUCCCUGAUGAUGACGUGCAGCCUUCAACUGCUCCUGGUCACUGUCCAGAUGCUUUCAGUGAUGCGGCGCUUUGACAUCAAUUGGAAGGAACCCUUUGCCAGCGUCUUGGUGUUCCUGGAAUUCUUGAGUUUCGAUCUAGAGAUGCUGAGCGUGAGUUGUGUGACGUCCAUGGGUCCUGUGGCUCUUUUCGGAUUGAGGAGUCUCGUGAUCCCUGUGCUGAUGUUCGCGAUUUUGGUGGUACACUUGUGCUUCCUUCUAUGCACACGCUCAAAGACCUUCCAAGGCAGCAAUUUGUGGAGAACCAUGGGGACGACCUUCUUGGUCUUCUUCAUUGUCCUAUUUUCCAUGCUGCUGGCGCCCUUCCAAUGCCAUAGCCAUCCCAAUGGGACCUCCACCUUAAAACGCUAUGCAACCGUAUAUUGCGAUGCAGAGGGCCAACACCUUGAGAUGUUCAUCAUCGGAGGUUUUGCGUGCUUGAUGCCCGUGCUGUUCUUGGCAAUUUGUACAUGGGUGGUGCUGGUGCAUCUUCCCGCCCGCUUGGCCAGGUCAGAUGCAAAAUGUUUGGAGAGCUACUCCUUCCUGAUCCGACGUUUCCGACCUGGCGCUGAGAUUGCUUCAGUGCUUUUCCUUGUGAGAAAUGCUUUGGUGGUGCUGUGCCCCUUAGCCACCUCCACACCUGGGCAGCUGGCCAUGAUGAAUUUGAUUUUUUAUGUCAACUUGAUUGGAGUCUCCUUUUUCAAGCCAUGGCGAAGCAUGUCCUGCAAUUUGCUGGACUGCAUGCUGCUGUUUGGGAUGAUGGUGAUACUUGACGUGGGCUCUGUGUCUGUGACGGACUCCAACCCAGCCGCCAGCAUGGCUAUGGUAAUGGCGUUUGUGGUCAUUAUGUUGUUGUCAAUCCUGCUGAACUUGCUUA